AUGUCGAUAAGGGAUUAUAAACUUCUGCUGGUUGGAGGGUGGGAUGGAUUAAAGAGACGACAUCAGUGUUGGUUUUUUAAUCUUAGGACGCGGCAGUGGAUUUUGUUGAGGGAGACCAUUCCAAGCGGAGAUGUUGAGCAGAGUCCUGCCGGUCUUAGUUCCCAUUCUUUUUGCCCAGUUAGCGCUGAUACCUACGUUGUUACUGGGAGAGAAGGCUCUGUUCGAUUCCAGAAGAGAUUCGCCUGCAUAUUUUCCCUGAAAAUCUCUGAAGGAGAGGGAGAAGUUCCAAAGUACGAGUAUGCUAGAGUCUCUCAUCAAAUGGGCUCGAGAUCUGGUCACAGUUCUCAUUAUGCUCCAAGCUUUUGCCGCGGGAAGAAAAAGUGUCCGAAUCUGUUGAUGAUCGGCGGAAGAAAUGAAGAAACGAUAGAUUCUAUGCCUCUCUCAUCGUUUACAAAUGUGAAAACACCCGAGUUUGACGCGAAACAGAAGGUGAUUCUUGAUUCAGUAAAAAUGAAACUGAAUAGCAUCAAGCCUGCCUUUCGAAUUCACGCUUCUCUAUCAGUCGACAACUGGAUAGUUCUCCACGGAGGACUCGUGUUCAACAAAAUACGCGACAAUGUCCUCGGCGACUCGUUGAUUCUAUACGACUCUAGCUCUUCCAGGUGGCACACGAUCAAAAUCAGCGGCGACAACAAUUGUCUUCUGAAAAGAUUCGGCCAUACAAAUUUAUCCAAGAUGAGACUCGUUAGUCUAUUCGUUGUCGGAAUAAUUUGUCAACAAGUCGAUCCUUCGGCCGACAAGCGUUUGCCGUUGAAAUAUAAGAAAGGCGAUUUUAAGAAAUCCCUCAAAUCAUCUUCUGAUGGAGAAACGAGCUUCACCAAAGAGUUCUACGAGCAAGACCGAAAGACACAGCAAAUGCUCUGUCGAGGUCUUGUUGAAAUCGAUUACAGCAAAGCAUCAGCCGUUGAAAUUCUGAUUCGAAUAAUGGAGCUAAUCGAAGUGACGGGAACCAUCGACGAGGUCGAAAGCAAGUUGACCGUCAUGCUCAACAUGGACAAACUAGAGGAGUUAAAAUCGACACCAAAUGACACUCACCUAACAAUCUCAGAACUUUCAAAUAGCCUGAACGAUCUGCUCUACCCCGUUCAACUCGACGAGCGAAAUCUCCUCGAAAAGACUCUUGAUCGACUUGGAAUCGACAUGAUGACGUUCUAUGUGAUCGUUGGUGGCACGAUCGUUUUUUCUACCAUAACUUUCGUCCGAUUUCACGGAAGAGGAUUGGUGGAGCAAUUUGGUGUCUCGAUUUUGCUGAAAAUAACUUUAACUGUUCUUUGGCUUCUAAAUUUACCCGCAGCGUAUGAAAAAGCGCUGCAGAAAGAAACUGCUGAAUGGAAAGCCGCUCAAUUCAAAGAAAUUCCAAAUGAAUGCCGAGGAUCGCGUUCUAUAACCGACCGUUUGUCCGGCUUCUUUUCGUUCGACACGAUAGACCCUUGCGUCAAAUAUCACCAAGGAAUGAUUGAACCAAGAUAUCGAGUUUCUUGGUUCGCUGUUGCUACGAGUUCUUUCAUGGAAAUAAUCAACCCGGUUUUUACUGAAGUAGCGAGGGGAAUAAGAUCCAGUUUGGAUACGCUCUUGGAUGGAAAGGGCUUCUAUCAUCAAUUGAUUUACUCUCUUAUCACCCUCAUCGUCUUCAUCUUUUCCUUCAUGUGGAUUACCGGAUUCAAGUUCAAGCUCUCCAGCCUCCUCUUCGGCAUCGAAUUCGGCCCAGAACCACAGGAAAAUCAAAAAUCGAAACCAAAAGAAGACGAAAAGAAACUUUUGAUGAUCGAGAACGCUCUUCAGAAAAUGGAGGCCCUGCAGCUGGAAAUGUCCAAAACCCUCCACGAUUCAAAACAACGUGCCAAAUUCGCGGCUAAAUUCAGCCUCCCGGCUCCCAAACCCGGGCCAAGUGGAGACCACUUGCCAGUUGAAAACAUCUCUCAAAGAGAAAACGAUGAUUCCGAUGGCGAUUUCGAAUGCGUCAACUAA